CAGUCAAAAUAGAGUCCACACAACUUAAACUAGGUUAUACCGCACUCUAUAUUUCCUCUUGCUUUCUUGAUGAAGAAAGGCACAAACACCGUAGUCACAGACCAUAACGGUAAAACCCUCCGACUCUGAGCGUCGUUCUUUUGCUUAUUAGUUAUUUCUCCAUCGACAAUGGCUACUUUCUUCAAGAGGCUCGCUAGGGCCUCUCCGAUCGCGUUGAACAAUGUAUUUCCAGGCCAAAACAAGUACAGCUCCACUCCCUUUCGGAUACCCUUCGGAGCAAUCGCAGCAGUUUCCGGUGGAAUCUCCUACUACUACUACUUCUUUUCCUCGUCGAAUUUGGUUCAUCUAGAUCAAAUCAAUGAAGAUUCAGAAUCAAAAGUUGCGCUUAAUCCAGAUAAAUGGAUUAAAUUUAAGUUGCAAGACACUGCAAGGGUCAGCCAUAAUACCCAACUAUUCAGGUUUUCAUUUGAUCCUGCUGCUAAGUUGGGUUUAGAUGUUGCUUCAUGCCUCCUUACUAGGGCUCCAAUAGGACAGGAUGCUGAAGGACAGCCAAAAUAUGUCAUACGCCCGUAUACUCCUAUAUCAGAUCCAGAUUCUAAGGGAUAUUUUGACUUAUUAAUCAAGGUGUAUCCCGAAGGAAAAAUGAGUCAGCAUUUUGCAAGCUUAAAACCUGGUGAUGUAGUUGAAGUCAAAGGGCCCAUUGAGAAACUAAGAUAUUCACCCAAUAUGAAGAAACACAUUGGCAUGAUUGCCGGUGGCACAGGCAUAACUCCAAUGCUUCAGGUUAUUGAGGCUAUACUGAAAAAUCCUGAUGACAAAACUCAGGUAUCACUGAUUUAUGGUAAUGUUUCCCCAGAUGACAUACUGCUUAAACAGAAGCUCGACAUACUUGCCACUAGCCACCCAAAUUUGAAGGUGUUCUACACUGUCGAUAAUCCAUCAAAGAAUUGGAGAGGAGGUUCAGGUUACAUAUCAAAGGAUAUGGUUGUCAAAGGCUUACCUGGUCCUAGUGACGAUACUCUAAUCCUUGUAUGUGGUCCCCCUGGAAUGAUGAAACAUUUAUCUGGUGACAAGGCUAAAGAUCGCUCCCAAGGAGAGCUCACUGGCUUACUCAAAGAUGUUGGAUAUACUGAGCAAAUGGUUUAUAAAUUUUGACAGAAGCAACUUAGUUUCUGAAGCUUUUGUCCAUUUACUUCAAAUUCUGUGUUUCAUUGUCUCCGAAAUAAACAUGGGUAGCUUGAACUCCAGCAAAUGAUCUUCCAUAAAGAAUGCAGAGUUCUUCAGACAUAAGUUCAGAUUUCAAAGAACCCUGCAGAGUCUGGCAUGGAUUUCGCAGGCUGCGUCUGUACUAAACAUGCCAAUCAGAACAAAAUUGAGUGUUUUUCAAACAA